AUGGCACUCACAUACAGAUACAAGACCCUGCCAACUGGGUGUAUCUACUGUGAAAGGAGCACCAAUCUGCUAUUCUGCAACAAGUGCAAAGUCGCCGAGUUCUGCCGUGAACACAAGCAUAUGCAUCUCGAAGCUGAACAAGCCGGAAAAUGUAAAUUCAUAGGCUCGGCCUAUGGUUGGAUGGAGCAUUCCUUCAACCUGUACCAGGAGUUUCUAGCAAGUGAUGCUACUACACAGCCCAUGGCUACGAUUUCUCCACAAAUGGUGGAGUUUAGACGUGGUAUUUUUCAUGGAGCUUGCUACACCUUAGCUAGGUCAAUGCGUUUGGUCGUCACACGGAGAUCGAUUGAGUAUCAAGCCUUCUAUCUUGAUAUAGCGCGAGAUUCCAAGGGGUGGUGGACGGAUAUCGUCUUGCCGGCUAUGUACAUCCGACUCGGCAAAGACUCACGGGCAUGGGGGCUGAUUAGAGAGUGGACAAAUUACUACAUCAAGUGCAGGACGCCACCACAUCAGGUCCUCUACCUGCGAUCUUUGAACAACACAACCCCCUUCGACGACCCGUAUCCGUUGUUCCAGUGCCACGGAUGUCAGUUGCCAGUUAUGGCGACAUUGAUAAAGAUCCGAAUGCUUGUCGAUCUGGAAUCAGUUGACGCUGUCCGAGAGGCCGCUAGACAACGGCUUCCCCAAGAAAUACUGGAGAUGGUUGCGACAAAUAUCCCCUCGACUGACAUCAUCGCACAGGAGCAAGACCUGUCGUUCAAUGACCACAUUAGGGACGUCAAAGUCUUGCAGAAACAUAUCAUGUGGCUGUUUCGACGAGUGGAUAGCGAAUGCUCCGACUUUUGGCCCUACAUACAAUAUGGCUACCGUCCUCACAUUCGGACGUGCAAAUGCACGUCAGGGUCCCUUUUCCCCGGGGAUCACUGCGUUUGGGACAGCUCCCUAAACCGGGUGGCAGUUCGAGAUGCAUGGCUUGAAAGCCCCGGCGCAAUUGAGUACCUAAAAGAACUUCUCGAUAUCUUUUGGUGA